AUGCGUCCGAGGUCACCGACUAACUCCCUCAUCGUCACCAAUGUGCCUCCUGAAAUACUUGCUGACCCAAGUCAGCUCGCAGGUUUUUUGGCGGAAGCUAAUCACCCCAUUGAGCUAGUUGCUCUCAACAAGCUUGAAAGAAUCAUCAUCAUAUGCGAGACUUCUGAGGUAGCCACACAAGUAAAGGAUCUCCUUCGUCUGUCUCCACAGUGGGGGGCCAUGCGCAGUACUUACAGCAUCAAGAACAACGAACUUGGUGAUUCGUGGCUUGGUGACUCCAAAAAGAACACCUUGCCACAACUCGAAAGCAUGCUGUUUCCAUCUACAGGGUACUUGGAAUUGCCACAAGAUGCACAUACACGGAGAUUCGUCAUUUCUCCGCCGUUGUCACCACCAGCAGAAUGGGACCUUUGGGAUAAAGUAGAGGACGGUCCCAAUCAGAAGGCUGUGUAUUCGCCACAAGAACUCUCACAUUUAUUGUGGGAAAGGUUAGGAGGCUUCGACAGCUCAAAGGUGCGGCCAUACCGUGAAAACGAAGACGACGACAGUGAAUCUGGAGAGGUGGACAUCGAGGGUAAAUCCGAGCUCUUGUUUGAAAAUAUAGAGAACGGGUCUCCAGCCAUAGUGUUGGAUAGCGUGAAACAUUCCGGGAAAGGUGAGCAAAAGACCAUUGCAAAGACUGCUAUGCCUCCCAUCGAGUGA